AUGGAUGUGUAUGGACCGCUUAAUGUUUCGCUGGACUACAGGCUUCGAUUCAGUCCCACGGUCGUGGAGAUCAUACAUCAGCUCCUAGGCCUUAUCUGUGAUACAAUGGUGUCUUGCAAGUACCCGCCGCGCCCACCGAUUCAGAACCCACCGCAGACCCCGAGCAGGAAAAGACAGCGUGUGUCAGGACACAGUGACUCGGAAGGCUGGAGGAGGAGACCCGAGGAUGAUGCAAGUGACUCGGACAGCGACGGAGAUCCAGCAGAAGAGAACAUCUCAAAAAUCACCGAUAUCAUUGGCGGGACGGUCACACGGCUCUUUCGUCUAUCCAAUGCUGUUCGAAAAUCCGCGAAAGCCGACCGGGCGCGUAGGAUCGAAAGAUACAGAGAUGAUGAACAAGCGAACCAGGCGAUCGCUGAAUUGCGUCUCUACACAGAUUGCUAUAUCCGGUUCCGUUUUCCAAUGGCACCGGAUUCCCUUCGCACAGCAUUGAUCGAAGCCAAUGCGGUGCGCCUACGACGAUUGUAUUACCAGCGAACCCAUCGAAGGCGCAUCGGCUUGAGUGUGCAGCAUCCGCGAACUGCCCCAACUGUCGUUCAACUGCCGAAGAUAAACGGAAGUGCUCCAACUGUACGUUUUGAUUCGAGCAUGCUCCCAAAGCCUGCGACAACUAGAACGAUAUUGGGAGCAGCAAGUCCCCCCCCUGUGCCCUUAACCAAUGCAACUACUGCUCGACAAUCUGCUGUUAGAGCACUCUACGCCAAAUCUACGACCGAGGUGCCUCGAGCCAAGUCUGUCCUAGUGAAUAACAAGCUGUCGUUCCCACCAUUACCGCCGACCGAUGAGUGUCCAUACUGUGGCGUCAUUAUUGAAUUCAAGAGCAGAGCGAAGCCAAUGCUAUGGCACAAUCACGUCAUCAGAGACUUAGAACCUUUCAUUUGUGUUUCCGCACAAUGCUUGGAAGCAGGUCAUCAUGGGACCGGCCCAGCAACAUUUGAGACGUCCGGUGCCUGGAUCAGCCACAUGCAGAAUGCUCACGGGCAUACAUGGGAAUGCAGAGCUCCUUCUCAUGAUCCGACCACUUUCGAUGAGGAGGUUCACUAUCGAGAGCAUGCCAUUCAGGAGCACGGCGUCCCUGCAACGCAUGUCGGAACCCUCAGCCUCGCAGCACGAAGGCCGUUACUUGAUAGAAUACUGGAAUGCCCAUUUGGCGAUGACUUUCAACCCCCGGACAAGGUCGAGCCCAAUGCUGUCUUUUCGAGUGAAGCUCUCCAGUCACACGUUGCCGCUCAUAUCAAAGAGAUCGCCUUGAUCACUUUGCAAAAGCUCCCUAGCGAUAAUGAGGAAGACGCCGAGAAAAUUGAUAGUGAUCAGCCGUUAGAGGAUGAUGUGCCGGGGUUUGCGAAAUUCCGUGCAUCCAUGUACAGUGUGAUGGAUGAUGAAGCUCUGGAGUAUCGGGAUGAUGACGCCGUGGCUGCAGAUGGUAGCAAGGACCACGGCGAAGAGGAUAUUACAGCAUCGGUGACAAAAUUAGACUUACAGGACAAAGAGGGCUCGAAAAUGGCAGAGCUUUACAAUGCCAUACAAGCCGGUGAUCUGAUUUUGGUUCAGUCACUAACUCACGGAGGCGCAGGUCUGGACAACAGGGACGAAGAAGGCAGAACAGCGUUACAUUACGCCUCCAUGGAAGAAGGCCUUACUGAUAUUAUAUCUAUCCUGGUCGAACACGGUGCCGAUAUAGGUAGAAUUGACAAUCAUGGAUUUACUCCGUGUCUCUGGGCUGCGGUUGCAGGGCAAACCCAGGCCACAGACGAAUUGCUAAACAUAGGCGCCGAUGCUAAUGCAGUUAGCGCGGAUGGGAAGUCUGCGCUGCAUUGGGCAGCGGGCCUUGGCUGGUCUUCAGUUGCUGAGCUGCUUCUGGACCACGGUGCCAGCAUAUCCCAGAAAGCAAAUAGGCACAGAGCCCCAUUAGAAACGGCAGCAGCUUCUGGCGACCUUCCGACUGUACAGAUGCUUCUCUUCUCUGGCGGGGAUCCUAAUCAUCAAGAUCAGGAUGGUUGGUCCGCAAUACACUUUGCAGCGGAGGAAGGCCAUUUUGAGACUGUG